AAAAUCAGACAAAAUCACCGUUUGAUUUCUCGCAGAAACCCCAAAGAAAGGAGCCAUAUGUAUUCUCAUGGAACCCGGUAGUAAGUGAUAAACGAACCCACCGCAACGCGAAAAUAGGUAGUGAUUCCCCCAUUGCUGACACAACUGAGACUGGGAAGAUACGAGCGAAGAGCCAAUAUUACACACACACACAGUAGUUCUUCACACUCUCUCUCACACACAUUUUCUCAGAUCGGAUCGACUCCAUCCGAAUUCAUUCAUACAAUUUUCAACUCUUAGAUCCACCCUCUUUCUUUAUACACACACUUGAAUUUGGGAUUUAAUUUUGCAUAAUUUGGCUCCCCGAUUCGAAUGGCGUGCAUAAAAGGGGUAAAUCGAUCGGCAUCCGUGGCUCUGGCACCGGAGGCACCGUACAUGGCGGCCGGAACCAUGGCGGGGGCAGUUGAUAUGUCCUUUAGCUCUUCUGCUAAUCUCGAAAUAUUCAACCUUGAUUUCCAGUCCGACGAUCAGGAACUGCCCUUGGUCGGGGAGUGCACGAGCUCCGAGCGGUUCAAUCGUCUGUCCUGGGGAAAGAGUAGUUCUGCCUCUGAAGGUUUCUCUCUUGGGCUCGUUGCUGGUGGGCUGGUGGAUGGAAAUAUUGGCCUCUGGAAUCCUCUCACCCUGAUCCGUUCGGAGGUAAAAGAAAGUGCUUUUCUUCAGCAUCUUCUGAGGCAUAAAGGGCCAGUCCGUGGUCUCGAGUUUAAUACCAUUGCCCCCAAUCUUCUUGCAUCUGGGGCUGAUGAUGGUGAAAUUUGCAUUUGGGAUUUGGCCAAUCCUUCAGAGCCAUCUCAUUUUCCACCUCUCAGGGGUACUGGCUCUGCUUCCCAGGGUGAAAUUUCAUUCUUAUCUUGGAAUAGCAAAGUCCAACACAUAUUAGCAUCAACUUCAUAUAAUGGGACCACUGUUGUCUGGGACCUAAGGAAGCAAAAGCCGGUGAUAAGCUUUGCAGAUUCUGUUAAAAGACGAUGUUCAGUUUUGCAGUGGAAUCCUGAUUUUGCCACUGAGCUAGUUGUUGCAUCAGAUGAAGAUGGUUCUCCUGCUGUGAGGCUUUGGGAUAUGAGGAAUAUAAUGGCACCAAUUAAAGAGUUUGUGGGACACAGCAGAGGUGUAAUUGCAAUGUCUUGGUGUCCCUAUGAUAGCUAUUAUUUAGUUACCUCUGCCAAAGAUAGUCGUACCAUAUGCUGGGACACAACUUCUGGAGAGAUUGUACGUGAAUUGCCUGCUGGGACCAACUGGAAUUUUGAUGUGCAUUGGUAUUCUAAAAUACCUGGAGUAAUUUCAGCAUCUUCCUUUGAUGGAAAAAUUGGCUUCUACAAUGUUGAGGGCUGCAGUCGGCAUGAUGCUGGGCAAAAUGAUUUUGGGACAGUAUCUCUAAGAGCUCCAAAAUGGUACAAACGCCCAGUUGGGGUGUCUUUUGGUUUUGGUGGCAAGCUUGUAUCAUUUAAUACCAAGUCAUCUGCCACAAAUGCUCCUGCUGGGCCUUCAGAGGUUUAUGUGCAUAAUAUGGUUACUGAACAAAGUCUAGCGAGUCGUUCCUCUGAAUUUGAAGCCGCAAUACAUAAUGGGGAAAGGUCUUUGCUGAGGGUUUUAUGUGACAAGAAGUUUCAGGAAUCAGAAUCUGAUGAAGAAAGAGAAACAUGGGGCUUCUUAAAGGUUAUGUUUGAAGAUGAUGGGACAGCACGAACGAAGCUGCUUGCACACCUUGGUUUUACUGUACCUAUUGAAGAAAAAGACACAGCUGUAGAUGAUCUUGCACAAGAAGUCAGUGCUAUUGGACUUGAUGAGACAGCUGUUGAUAAAGUAGGACUUGGGCCUGAAAAUGAAUCUACUGCUUUCCCAGAUACUGGGGAGGAUUUCUUUAACAAUCUUCCUAGUCCGAAAGCUGAUACACCCGUAUCUACUUCUGGGGGUAAUGUGGAUUAUGCCAAUGGUUUGGACAAAACCCAAGAAGAGAUAGAAGUAGAGGAGAGUAAUGACCCUACAUUUGAUGAUAGUGUUCAGCGUGCAUUAGUUGUUGGGGACUACAAAGGGGCAGUUACGCAAUGCAUAUCUGCAAAUAAGUGGGCUGAUGCUCUAGUUAUUGCUCAUGUAGGUAGUGCUUCACUAUGGGAGAGUACACGAGACCAAUACCUUAAGAGAAUCAGAUCACCAUACUUGAAGGUUGUGUCUGCAAUGGUGAACAAGGAUCUCUUAAGCCUUGUGAAUACCAGGCCUCUAAAAUUUUGGAAAGAAACUCUUGCUCUUCUUUGUAGUUUUGCUCAGAGAGAUGAAUGGACAAUGCUUUGUGACACACUUGCUUCAAAACUCAAGGAAACUGGAAAUACAUUAGCUGCAACUCUCUGUUAUAUAUGUGCUGGCAAUAUUGACAAAACACUUGAAAUUUGGUCAAAGAAUCUGCAAACUGAGCAUGAAGGAAGAUCAUAUGUUGAUGUUCUCCAGGAUUUGAUGGAAAAAACGAUUGUUCUUGCCUUAGCAACUGGGCAGAAGCAAUUUAGUGCAUCUCUUUGCAAGCUUGUGGAGAAAUAUGCUGAAAUUUUAGCAAGUCAAGGACUGUUGACUACAGCAAUGGAGUAUAUAAAGCUUUUGGGUUCUGCUGAACUGUCACCUGAACUUCUAGUCUUAAAAGAUCGGAUUUCUCUUUCUACACAACCAGAGAAAGAAGUCCAGACUACUGUGCUUGAAAAUACUCAGCCACAAAGUGGAUCAUUUUAUGGUGCUGAUAAUUCCAAUUAUACUAGAAAUUAUUAUCAGGAGUCAGUUUCCCCACAAGUGCGGCAUGGUUCUUCUGGAGUUCCAUAUGAUGAAAACUAUCAACAGCCUUUUAAUCCUUCAUAUGGAAGAGGAUAUGCUGGUUCUGCUCCAUUUCAGCAACCUCAACAACCUAAUUUGUUUGUUCCAUCACAGGCACCUCAGGUUCACCAAGCACCUCAGCCAAACUUAUCUACUGCUCCUGUCACACAACCUCCUAUGAGAUCUUUUGUUCCUCACACUCCUCCAGCUCUAAGAAAUGUCGAGCAAUAUCAGCAGCCAACGUUGGGUUCUCAGUUGUAUCCUGGAGCUGUCAAUCCACCUUACCAACCUACACCCCUUGCCACUUCUCAAAUGGGCCUGGUUCAUGGCCAGAAGUUGCCACAGGUUGUGGCGCCAACCCCGAGUCCAAGGGGAUUCACCCCGGUCUCCAGUUCUGGUGUUGUGCAAAGACCUGGAAUUGGAUCGAUUCAGCCUCCCAGUCCCCCUCAGGCAGCUCCUGCACAGCCAGCUCCAGCACCAGCUGCUCCACCUCCAACUGUGCAAACAGCUGAUACUUCAAAUGUGCCUGUGCACCAAAAGCCCAUUGUCGCAACAUUGACAAGGCUUUUCAACGAGACAUCAGAAGCACUGGGAGGUUCACGUGCAAAUCCAGCUAAAAAGCGGGAGAUAGAAGACAACUCAAGGAGAAUCGGAGGAUUAUUUGCGAAAUUGAACAGUGGGGACAUCUCUAAAAAUGCCUCAGAUAAGCUCCUUCAGCUCUGUCAGGCAUUAGACAAAGGCGAUUUCAGUACUGCCCUACAAAUUCAGGUACUACUUACUACAACCGAAUGGGACGAAUGCCAGUCCUGGCUCGGUUCGCUGAAGCGAAUGAUUAAGACAAGGCAGAGUGUGAGAUAAAUUAAAAGAUAUCACCGAUCCUCGUCCCCUUUCUGUGCCCAAUAUUGGAAAAAUUUUUCACUAUGGUCAGCUUCUUGUAGUGCCGCUGACCCCUUCAUCCAUGUACACAAGACUUGACUUGUAUGCUGCAGGUGCAGGGUUUUGGUUCUUUUGCUCUUAGGACAAUAUAAGCUGUGCCCUCCUCGCUUUCACUGGGUUUAUCAUUCAGGACAUGAUCAGAAGUACUUUUAGCGGAUUGUUUUUAAUCCAAUAUAUGUAACAUGAAAGUGUCUUUUUUUGUUUGAUUUUACAUUUUUGCCUCUGCUUUGAAAGUCAUAGAUGGUUUAAUCUUGCACACAUUUUGUACUUUCAUUUGAUUUAAUCCAAUCUUUGUAAUAUGGAAGUGUCGCGUUUGUAGUUA